CCAGAAAAUAUGCCGUCGAUCAGGGCAGUCUGGUUCCAUCAACGAAAGCUCUGUGCAUUGGAUAUAUCAAUUACAGCAUUUGCUCGAUUUCUGCGUAGAAUCUGCCUGUCCGUCCGUCAAGUCGAGGGAAAGCUUGACAUCAGACGCGUGACACGGCACAAUCCAUCAAAAGCAACGCGCCUUUCUUACCAGCCCCCCAUAAUGCUAAGAUUUUGUCUACAGAUCUACUGACAAUGUCGAGCUGUUCUCUACAGGCGUCCACCAGCGUGCGCGUUUCCACGCGUUUCCUGGCAAGCUUUGCUUUCUGCCCAGCUCUAUAAGAAAGACUCGAUUCCCGACUCAUUCUGUCUUUCUCUCAUUCAGCCUUCUCUACCAUUCCUUCACUUUUUUCCCUUCUUAAGUCUUCUGUCAUCAGAAUCGCUUCACAACAUGGCCAGAAGCCGUCCAGCGCGCGAGACCAAGACACCACGACGAACGUCACAGGAACCUCAAGCCAAACUGAAACGCCCUUGUUUCAAAUGGAACAAACUGCAAGACUGCAUCAUGCUACAUGGGAUAAUCAAGAUACUACACCCCAAAGGAUUUCCUCAGAACACUUUUAAGAAACUGGAGAAAGAGCUUGGUGAUCAAUAUCAUUCGGAUGACACCCUGAGAAAGCGCUGGUACAUCGUGAAUGAUAAGUGCGAUACCGUCAAAGAGGACCGCAAACACCGUAGUCCCGAAAACGUUGUGUGGGUUACCGAGUCAGAAAGCGAGGAAGAGGAUGGGAAUAUGCGAGAUAUUGACCGGGGUGGUCGAGAAUCUGGAGAGCAUUACUUCCUUUCUCCAAAGUCAACACCCGGUUUUAGAGAAGAUUAUUCUCCCGAGUCCCAGACUUCCCGGACUCUGAGUCCAAGCCCUCAUUCUCGCCCUCGUUCUCGCCUUCCUGAAGAAGAACCGAUUACGCCGACACAACCAUCUCGCAGGAGUCAGACGAGGUAUGCCCAGCGACAAAGAACUGCACCGAAUUAUUCCUCCUGGGAACGACCAGGACGCUCAAACCCUCCCCCACCUCCAGUAAAGACCCCUGGACCUAUCCGACGAUAUAGGGGCGCUCCUCAGGGACAGUUGACUCCCGGGGAUGAUCAAACCCCCAAGGGGCCAAAGAGCGACUACAGACGACGGCGGAGGGUGGAAAGGGUGGAGGAGUCGGUGUCACCCCUGAAUCGCAGCGAGGCUCCCCGCAGACGUUAGGGUAUCUGCUUUCUAUGCUUUCUUUCGUUCCCUUUUUCCUUUUUUUCGCAAAAUAUUCUCUGCAGCACGAUGCUGCAUGCCUCUGUCUACGGACUGCUCUGGGCUCUUGUUCGUUUUAAAAACUAUGUCAAUUACUCUUAGCUGUGUUAGCGAGAUUAAUGUACCGAAUAUUGCAUAGCUAUCUAUGAACUACCAGAC